CCAGUACAGCCUGCUGGCCGAGGCUGGGCUGACUGGAGGGGCUUACCUGGCAAGAGUUGGUGACUGCAUGCUGAGAAAGGGUGCAGCAGGUGGUGGUCCGGUUAGCUUUGGGUCCCACAAAGGGCAUAUGGGGGGUACGUGGUCCCUGUGGAUGACGAGCUGGGCCCCCAGGCCCAUGGGGCCGAGAGUAGACCAGUUUGAGUGGGAGAGGGUGGACUGGGCUGCGGGGAAGGCCGAGAGGCUUGGUACAGACAAGAUCGGGUCACCGUGUCCCAGCGGAACCCCGAGGGAACCCCGUUUCUCGCCCCCCCCCCCCCCCCAGGAUUUCCCUCUGCAGGACGUGGAGACGCAAGGCUGCGAGGCUCCCGAGGGCUCGGCUUGGACCACGAUGGGGCUGGGCUGCAGCCUCCUAAGGGGGCUCUCGUCUGGGGCAGUGGCUGGGGGCUGCCCUCCGCCCUGCCCGCGUCUCAGAGCACCCCCACCCCUCCCCUGCCAAGCCAGGCCCGCCCUGGGGCCCGGCGCCCGCCAUGAACGGCCUGUCAGUGAGCGAGCUCUGCUGCCUUUUCUGCUGCCCGCCCUGCCCCGGCCGCAUUGCUGCCAAGCUCGCCUUCCUGCCGCCGGAGCCUACCUACUCGCUGGUGCCCGAGCCCGAGGCGGGGCCCGGUGGAGCUGGGGCCGCCCCCUCGGGGACCCUGCGGGCCUCCGCCGGCAGCCCGGGGCGCUGGAAGCUCCACCUGAUGGAGCGUGCUGAUUUCCAAUACAGCCAGCGCGAGCUGGACACCAUCGAGGUCUUCCUGACCAAGAGCAGCCGGGGCAACCGCGUCUCCUGCAUGUACGUGCGCUGCGCGCCCGGCGCCAGGUACACGGUUCUCUUCUCGCACGGCAACGCGGUGGACCUGGGCCAGAUGAGCAGCUUCUACAUCGGCCUGGGCUCACGCAUCAACUGCAACAUCUUUUCCUACGACUACUCUGGCUACGGCGUGAGCUCGGGCAAGCCCUCCGAGAAGAACCUGUAUGCCGACAUCGACGCCGCCUGGCAGGCGCUGCGCACCAGGUACGGCAUCAGCCCGGACAGCAUCGUCCUGUAUGGGCAGAGCAUCGGCACGGUGCCCACCGUGGACCUGGCCUCUCGCUACGAGUGCGCUGCAGUGGUGCUGCACUCGCCGCUCACCUCAGGCAUGCGCGUUGCCUUCCCUGACACCAAGAAGACCUACUGCUUCGAUGCGUUCCCCAACAUCGAGAAGGUGUCCAAGAUCACGUCACCGGUGCUCAUCAUCCACGGCACGGAGGACGAAGUAAUCGACUUCUCCCACGGGCUGGCGCUCUAUGAGCGCUGCCCCAAGGCCGUGGAGCCGCUGUGGGUGGAGGGCGCCGGGCACAACGACAUCGAGCUCUACAGCCAGUACUUGGAGCGCCUGCGCCGCUUCAUCUCCCAGGAGCUGCCCAGCCAGCGCGCCUAGCCUAGCCGGGAGCCGCCUAGCCUAGCCGGGAGCCGCACCGGGACUUCAGCAAUAAGGCGGCGCCUGGACCUUGCCCCCGCCCCGGCCCCGGGGGCUGCAUGUGAACCCUCGGGCACCCCGGUCCUCCGAGGCAGCUGGAGGGUUAGGGGGCCGGGACCUGCCCCAGCCCAGGGGCCGUGGACGAUGUACAGGCGCGGAGCUACGCUCUCCCUUCCUUUUGGAAGCAAAAAGAAGGAAAAACGUGAACACAAAUUAAAGAUUUAAAAUUUUA